UUGACGUUGUUGUGACUCUUUGAAUUCGCCGUCAUCAUCGCACAGCGUCCUCGCUAUGUUGACAUUUAGAAGUUAUCUCUGACGAUUUUACUAUGAGCCAUUGGGAACGAGGGACGUGAAAUGUGUGCAGCAUUAUUCGUGAUAUGGAUGCAUAUAUUUCUCCUCAAAAACAGAAUUUUAAUUUAUCGUAGUUUGUGCCCGAGCGCCAGAAAUUAGCCUUUAUGCUAAUGUCAACGUAUCGAUUAACGCCUGCUAGCUGUUAUUUCGUGGCUAUUCUGGGGAUGUCACCUGUGAUCGAAACAAACUAGCAUCUCCACUUCCUGGCGCAUCAACGAAGAAAAAUACCGUGAGCUUGUUCCGGAUCAGUCAGGAUGAGGUUGUUCAGGUUCCUGAGGAACAGCGUGUCCAUUGGGAAGGACAUCGACUAUUACUCCAAAUUCUCCCCCUCUCCUCUGUCAAUGAAGCAGUUUCUGGAUUUUGGUAAGAGGACGUGCAGUUUGAUCACGAUUGGCUUUGUAACAGGGGGUGAAUGGUUACACCAAGUAAAACAGGACAUUUAGUCUUCUCGUUUAGUACUAAUGUUUAGUAGGGUUAGAAGCGAAAGUCAGCUUGAUAUAUAGAUUCAGAGGUCUCUCCACUUUAAAACAGUAUGAUAAUCAAGAUGCUGAUGCUCAUUCAUGACUUGUAGUUGUGCUCAGAACUGCAUCUCUACAGAUUAGAUGUUGUGUAUUUCGAUUUGUACAACAACAGAAACUGUUGAUAAUCCUUAGCAUAAAUAAUUAUUUAUUUAAUUUGAUUUUAUUUAUAUAGCACUUUUGAGAUUGUUUAUUCGAUCAAAUAUAUACAUACAGUACAAUUUUAGACAAGAAAAUCACUAUUUUUUGGAGAUCGAAAAGGAGUAGGUUAAAGCUAUUUAGCUUAUAUGUACCUACCCUCAUUCCUUCCUAUUCGUUUACUCUUUACAUUUCUCUAGAAUUUAGAAUUUCUGAUGUUGCCACAAAGUAACCAAAGCUCCAAAGUCUAACAUGAAUAUGUAACUAAUCAUUAAUACUGAAACAAAGACCUUAUAUAUACAUAUAAACAUCCAUACCUAUAUACACACAAAUAUGCACUUUAUAUAUAUAAGUAUAUAUACCUAAAAUACUUCAAAUCUCUCAUUUGUACCAUACCCGUAUACAAUAUAAAAAGUAUGGCAAAAAGGAAAUCGAUUUUGUGUGUAUUUUUCAAUCACACUCUGCUUUAAUUUACUUUCAAAUGGUGCCAUUGUUUUGCUUUGCUGUUCCACAGCUUCACCCCCAUAACAGAAAUACACAUACUUUUUAGUGUGGUAAGAAUGUCUGAUUGUUUGAAGUUUCUUUACCCUCUUAAUAGAUACUUGCCCUGUCUUCCACCAAACAUUUUCUGUACAUUACUAGGAAGUAGAUUGUUACUGGCUUUGUACAUUGUCUGUGCAGUUCUAAAUUCAACUAGAUAAAACAAGAGUGUACAAAGUGCUUUAACAUGAAGGAAAACAAAGAAGAUGAAAAAACAACAACAUAACAGCAAGAGAACACUUGAGGGAAAUGACGCAUUGCUGGCAACAAGGAAAUACAAUAAAAAUUGGUGAAAGACAUAAAAGCUGUGAUGAAUGUCACAUGAGCUGAGAGGUCAUUAAAAUGAAGACAUUAAAACAAAGACAUUAUAAGAGCCCAUGAUACCCAGCCAACACAUGAACCCAAUCACAAAAAAGUGAGACUAAGGGGUCUAUUAUAAAACAUGAAUAAGAAGCGUAAAAGUUUUUAAAGAAGACAAAAUCACAUAAAAGCAAGUCUAUAAAAAUGAGUGAUUUAAAAACAGUGACUGUUUCUGCACACCUGAUCUCCUUGGGGAGGUCUUUCCAAAGUCGAAGGGCCCUGGUGGAAAAGGCCCUGUCACUUUUAGUCACAAGUCUCGACUUUGGAACGACCAGGAGGCCCCCACCCCAGGAUCUCAGGGUGCGGGCUGGCUCAUAGGGGGUUAGCACAGUCUGAAAUCACAGCUGUACUGAUGAUAAAUAAGUGAUCACACACAAGAAACCAACAAUCUUUUUCUGUGUACUCAUCCCCUCUAGGUUCAGAAAAUGCCUGUGAGAAAACCUCCUUCACCUUCCUCAGACAGGAGUUGCCUGUGCGAUUGGCAAACAUCAUGAAAGAGAUCAACUUGUUGCCAGACAACCUGCUGAGGACUCCUUCAGUGCGGCUGGUCCAGAGCUGGUAUGCAGGUUUUGAACUGUCUCCUCUUCAUUUCCUCUCUUCUGAUGCUGAUACAAACCAGUAGUGGUGUUUUUUUUCUUUUUUCUCUUGCAGGUAUUUGCAAAGUCUUCAGGAGAUCCUUGAGUUCAAAGAGAAAAAUGCAGAUGAUGAGAAAGUCACAUAUGAGUCAGUGAACUAAAACACUUUGUCUUUGAAAUAACUGAUCUGGUUUUGUCACUUUAUUCUCUAAACUUGUACUGACCCUUGUGUGCUUUUUUUUUUAGUUUCACAGACGCAGUAAUAAAGAUCAGAAAUCGGCACAACGAUGUCAUCCCCACAAUGGCUCAGGGAGUCGUGGAGUAUAAGGAGACGUAUGGCACAGACCCAGUCGUCAGCCAAAAUGUUCAGUAUUUCCUCGAUCGUUUCUACAUGAGCAGGAUUUCCAUCAGGAUGUUACUCAACCAGCACAGUGAGUAGAUCCUCCGCUGUGAAGUUAAAGAUUUUCUCUGUUAGCCACUCAUCUCUGAUCUGUGUGAACAGAGAGCCUAAGUCACUAUUAUUUAUAAACAGAGAUGUCGUAGAGAUGGGCUGCCUGAAAAAAGUGGUGUUUCAGUUUCACUGUGUCACAGAAAUACAGCUAAACAGUUUCUUCAUGAACUUAAGGGUAAAAGAAGUCUGGGGGUCCUGACCCAGCCCAAGCUGCUUUCUUGAUCUUUCUCAAUCUCACAUCUUGUACCUUAUUGCUCAAUAUUUUGAUCAAAAUAAACACUCUGACAACUCAGAUGAAACAUGUUACUCGACAUAUAAACUUCUUAUAGUCAUACAGUAAGUCCCUUCUUCAUCUCAGCAUCAAAUCUGUCCAAACACUGAAAACCUGGGAUGUUUAUCUUUAGAAACAUGACAGCUUUUGUGCUUUUUAUUCUUUUGGAUCUCCGGCACACCACUCUGUCAGUGCCCCUAUCAAAUGUCAUGUAACCAGCAGCUGUGCCUCUAGAUAACUGAGAGUGUGCAGUGUUUCUCACGUGAUGAGCCAGUACACAUUGAAUUUUGGCUCACAAAAUCAGGGCAGACCCACUGCACCCUCUUCAUUUCACUUGAGGGUACAGAAUGACCAGUAUGCAGACUAAAAGGAGCAUCACAUCCUUGUCCCAUGAAGCAUUCAGCUGCUAAACAAGCUCUGAUACACAGUCUGAAGUGUCUACACUGAACUUAGCACGUUUUAUUCCUCACAAGUAACCAAGGAACCAUUCCUCAAGUCAUGCCACAAUACCUCGAGGGCUCAUUUCUUCAGUCUCAUAAACAGAUACAGUUCAAAAUAGAGAAUAUCAGAAUGUCCUGAGAAAGUUCAUUUUUUCCCCAUAAUUCAUUUUUAAAAAUGAAACUUCUGUAUAAUUUAGAUCUUGAUGAUUAUGGUUUACAGCUCACUAACAACCAAAAACCUUCAACACCAAUCCAAAAAGAAAGAAAGAAUGAGAUUCUCUAUGGGGUUCAGGUCAGACCAGUUGGUUGGCCAAUCGAGUCCAGUAUUGCCACGGUCAACAAACCAGUCAAUGGUAGUUUUGGCGCUGUGGGCAGGUCCUGCUGGAAAAGGAAAUCUGUGAAGCUCCCCUGAGUUGUUGAAUCUGCUUCACUCCACAAUCCUCUUCAGGUUGUCACCUUUUUCUCCCUCACUUUUACCUUCCAGUCAGCUUUCCUUGAAUCUGCUUCCAUACAGCACUCUGACAACAGCCAGCCUUUUCAGCAAUGACCUUCUGGUGUUGAUCCUCCUUGUGGAGGGUGUCAGUAAUCUUCUUCUGGAUAACUGUCAAGUCAGCAGUCUCACCCAUGAUGGUGGUGUACUGAAUUAGAGAGAGGCUCAGUAAGGCUUUGCAGGUGUUCAGGGUUCAUUAGCUGAUUCAAGGUCCUUUUAGGGCUGAAAUACCUGACAAGAAACUGGACUUUUCCACAAUAUCUAGGUGUUCUGAGAUAGUGGAUUUAUGUGAUCUGUAAGCUGUAAUCAUCAAGAAUCAAACAAAACAAACCAGGAAUCAGCUGAUCACACUCAAUUACACUGACUGAUGUCCAUAAAGGGAAAAUAGUCCUUUUACAAAUCUCUGUAAGGUAAUAAACAAAUAUUAAUUGUUUUAUAGUGAUAUCAACAUUUGAUCACUAUUUAGCAGUGUGUUUUCCUGUGUUUUUAUUCCAGCGCUCCUCUUUGGCGGGAAAGUGAAGGUGAACCCAGCUCAUCCCAAACAGAUCGGCAGUAUUGAUCCUACUUGUCGGGUCAGCGAUGUUAUCAGAGGUGAGAAUGUUUCUUUCUGAACUAUUUAUGAGAAACGCACUGUGAGCUUCUGAUGCUUUUAAGAACCAGUGGGUAAUUCCUGUCUUUUCAUGGAAAUCAAUCUCUCUCUUGUAGAUGCCUACGAGAAUGCGAGGAACCUCUGUGACCGCUACUACAUGAACUCUCCUGAGCUCGUGCUGGAGGAAUUCAACAGUAUGUUUUCUGAUACUUCUUAGAUUUCACUUUUGAUGAGUUAAAUGCUUGAUUGAAAAAGUUCUGUUCAAACUGAGUGUCACCUGUUUGUCCUGCCAGUCAAAGAAAAUGACCAACCCAUCACAAUGGUGUACGUCCCGUCUCAUUUGUACCACAUGGUGUUUGAACUUUUUAAGGUAAGACUGACUUUCUGAAUCUCUUGCUGCUUCAUGUGAUACAGUUUUGUACUUUUAAAUGUUGUCUUUGUCUCGAGACAAACAUUUACAGGAAAAGAAAACAGAAAUCUCGCUCUCAUUGUUGCAGAAUGCCAUGAGAGCCACCAUGGAGUUAUACGGGGAUGCCUUGGAGUAUCCUGCCGUCAAAGCACAGGUCGCUCUGGGAACAGAAGAUUUGACAGUCAAGGUAAAAACUUUGCUGUCUCUUUUUAUGUUUUGUACUUUCGUCUAAGAUCUGUGCAUUUAUGUAACACAAACACAUAAUAACACACACAAGUAAAAACAUGCAUAACUCAUACAGACAGCACCCAGCAUGAGACUCAACCAUUGUCCCUUCUUACCUCUCCUGAGGAAAUAAAAGAGGAUGAAUGAAUAGUUGACAAUGAGACAGAUAAUCAAAAAAAAAAAAAAAAAAAAAGAUAAAGACAUAAAAAUAAUAAAAUUUUGUCUGUUUUUGAAGAUUAGCAAGUGAAGUGCAGGACACUGACUUAAAACAAAGAAAAAGAAAGAAUACGUAACCAUCAUUGAGCAGCAACAAGCUCCCUGAGUGGUCAACAAUAAGCUAGCAUCAAAGAGUCACUUUACUAGUCGAAUGAAGAGGUCCAGAAACUGACCAAGAUGUGGUCCAAUGAAACUGGGCUACUGCAUCAAAGACAUGUGGGUUAACAGUGGGGUUUGUUUUAGCUGAUCUGUCAUUGGAGGGAAUUCUUUGUGAGAUAUCUUGCACUGAACCCACCCUGGUCUUACAGAAAAAGAGGAGAUGUGUUUCACAGAGAUACAGUUUGCCCAAACAACCUCAGAAAUGACCAUUUCUAGGUUUCCUGCUGCCAGGCCUCCAAUAUUUGAGAAGAUCAGCCCUUAAACAAGAUUAGAUUAGCUCAGAUGGGAUUAGACAAGAGACUCUAUUGUCAUUAUAUCCAAACAAUGAAAUUCUGCUCGGUAGCUCUUAGAGACCAGCAGCAUUUAGAAAGUGUCAAUAAUGUAAAAGACAAGAAAGAUGUUAAUGACAGAGAAAGGAGCUUUAGCAACAAUAAAGGAAAUAAGUUUAGUCCAAAUUCUUGAAUGUUAUUAGACAAAGCCGCUGUUCAGACUUUAUUGUUCUUUUGCAGGUGUGUGAUCGGGGAGGUGGCGUGCCUCUGCGUAAGAUCGACAGGUUGUUCACCUACACAUACUCCACAGCUCCUCGGCCCAGCUUGGACGGCCGCGCUGCUCCUCUGGUUAGUAUCUCUGUGAAUGUGAUCCAGCUGAUCUGACAAAAAUCUCCCUCAAAAUGUAGCAACACAUCUCAUUAAGUUCACUGUGAUAAUUUCUUUCUCCAGGCAGGGUACGGCUACGGCCUGCCCAUCUCAAGACUCUACGCUCGCUACUUUCAAGGCGACCUGAAGCUCUACUCACUGGAGGGUUACGGGACUGAUGCUGUCAUCUACAUCCGGGUAACUAAACUCAUAACAUGUACCACUCAAAUGAACAUGUGUAAUGAACAUGCACUUUUAACCUCACCUUCUCCAUCACCUGUCAGGCACUCUCCACGGAGUCCAUCGAGAGGCUUCCUGUCUACAACAAGUCGGCAUGGAAACACUACAAAACCAUCCACGAGGCCGACGACUGGUGCGUCCCCAGCAAAGAGCCCAAGGACAUGACGACAUUUCGCAGUUUCUAGAUCCUUCCAGCUGCUGUCCUGUAGCACAUUACGCUUAAGAGGUUGUGGUUAGUGAAUGUCGGUUUGUUUGUUUGUGUGUGUGUUUAGUGUUAAAUAAUUUGUUUUGCUUAACUGGAACAGAGAGUAAGAUGACAGAAGACUAGACCGAACAAACUUUUAGUGCCAUGAAUCUCAUUAAGAACAAAAGGUUUGCUAAUCAGCUGUCCUCAAUCUAAAACAUUUCCCACUCUUCUCAUACUGGUGCCAGUAUCAAUCACUACAGAAAGCAGACAGGACCAGUUUUAGAAAGCCUUGAGGUUGUUGAUAGAUUAUUGAUAUUUUAGGAUUUGGAUUUUCUUUAAAGCUACUGUGAGGAACUUCAGUGUACCAUAUUUUUCAGGUCAUAAGGUGCACUGAAUUGUAAGGCGUAUUAAGCAUUGAUUGGUUUAUUGUUGCUAGCGCGUACCUCGGGCCUGGGCUGCCUUACAUGAAUGCACUUCUAGUUUAGACAUUACAGUCAGGCAGUCUUGUAGACUGCUCAGGGGUCCUGUUACGGGACCAAUCAGGUAGUGAUACAGCCUACCGUAAUGCUCCGAAUAUCCGUUGAGCGGAGUGGCUUGCUUACCAAAGUCUUACUUACACCUUUCGACAGAUUUUUGAGUGCACUGUACCACAUAAAAUCGGUCAGUUAACAGUGAUCAAGUGAUCAUUCAUAAGGCGCGCUGGAUUAUGUGGCGCAUUGUCAAUUUAAUAAGAAAAUUUAAGGAUUUUAAGUGCGCCUUAUAGUCUGAAAAAUAUGGUAGUUUUGACAUUAAGUGGUCCAUCCCCUCUCUUUACUGAUCCUGUCCUGUCAAGUUGAAGAAAUGGUCUGUUUAAAAAUCCCCCGCUGUCUCUGACAGUCAAAAUUUAUCACUCCACAUUUGUGCAUGGAAAUACACUGCUCAUCAGAACUGUUCUCCCUGUGUUAAAUUACAGUUUAAACUCUCCUCACAGGAGCUUUAAGAUUAAUUUGAAUGUCCUAUAAAUGCAGAUCGUUACAUAUCCAGCAUGUUUUUGUUACAUAAAAUCCAAUUUGAAAGCUUUUAGAUCAAACACAUGUCCCUCUCUGCACAGGAAGCUUCACACAGAUGCUGCUGGAUGUCUAGUUACCAUACAGGGUCAAAUGAAAAUGUUUUUUUUUUCCUCUUAGUGAAGAUUAUCCUCGAGUUAUGAACUAGUUAUGUGUUUUACAGAUUAAGUUUACAGUUUGACUCAAUUUAGUAUUUAUGGCUAUUCUUUGGUGUCUUAGCUGCUCUCAUUUCUCUAAAAGUCAAGUUUUAACUGUUAUAGAUAUGUGUGUCUUUUUUUUUUUCUUUUUUGGCCCUGCUCAGUUGGUAGUUUGACACUUUGAAAGAAAAGGGAAACCUAACACACAAUAUAAAUUUGUCUGUCUUUAAAUCUGCUGGAAGUUUCUGCUGGAAAGGGAACUUGAUGAAAACUUUCUUAUUUAGGGCAUUUCUUCUACAGAGGUGUAACGCAGCAUACGCGAUCAAACAAGUAUUAAUUUGGGAUUUGUGAGGGAAAGAUUUGCACCUUUUUUCUUUUUGUGUACAGGAAUUCUUCAUCAAAUUAGUUUCAAAUAGCUGCUGGAAAUCUUCCAACAAGAUUUGAACUCUCAAGACUUUUCACAUGAGAAAUAGUGUUAAGGUUUCUGUGGCUGGGACUCAUCUUGUUUGAUAAGUUAUUUUUUCAUAUUUUCCAUGUUGCAAUAGCACUGUUACACUUCAUGCAUCUAUCAUGUGAAAUAAAAAAAGAUCUAUAACCAGAGUAUUUUGUAUAAUGUAGAUCAAUUUCUUGCUGCAUGCAUUUCCUAUUACUUUUCUUCAGUUUUCUGCAUCAUCCACAGUGAGAUCUGAGGGGACACUAUCAGGCUCUGCAGUUCAAGAGGAGGGCUCACACAGUUUACUUAAAAUAGAAAUAAACUAGUACAGCACAGUUAUGUUACAUUACGAUUAAAAAUGGAAUAGUUAAGCAGGCUUUUCAAUCGCUAAAACAGUUCCAACCCUGCCACUCACAGAAGCGUAUUGGUAAAGUUGUUACUGCUUUAAUGUGAGGUAGUAACAGGUGGUUUUUCCAAAGACUUGAUUCAAUUUGUGUCAGUUUUAAAGUUUUCUUUGUUUCCAAGGUAAAUUUAGACUUUGCAAAGAACAGGGUUCCUACACAGUUGGAAUUUCCACAUUUUUCCAUACCC